GGAGGGGUUUUCUGAAACGUGGAAAUUACUUUGCAUUCUUAUCACUACGCCCAUGACUGCAGCUGAGUCAGAGCGAUGCUUUUCAACGCUCAAACUAUUUAAGACAUUCAUAAGAAAUACUAUGGCCAAGGAAAGACUGAACGCAUUGGCAAUGCUGUCCAUCGAAAAUCGACUGGCACAGGACAUACCUGAUUUCAACAGAGUUGUCAUUGAGAAAUGUGCACACGUGAAAGAUCGUUGGGCCAAGUUCCUGAAUAAAUGAAGCUCUGAUAGCUUGCUUGAUGAAUUCUCAUAAGAUAUGUCCGUUUGUUAGAUGGCAAGCUCGAGGCCAAUUCUUACAAGUUCGCUGGGGAGGAGAAUUGUAUGAUGCCCAACUUGGCUCGUUAUAGUUUGGCCCAGAAAGCAGAAUUUAACAUUUACUCUUACUUUACAUUUUAUCGAUACUCCCAAUUUACAUUGUUUACUUUUAAUUCAAGUUUUUAUGUAUUUAAUAGAUGUUAUGGUUUUAUCUUACUUCAGCCAAACCCAAUCUAAGACCCAAGCCUUUAUCGGACACUUUUCAGAAGAAGGAGAUGAGUCAGGACAGACUCAAGGUGUUCAAGGGGGCUCUACUGCAGGCCUUCAAGACCCAGCGCUCCCAGUCAGUGGCGGUGGCCGAGCUGCUGGGCCUGGUCAACAAGGACCCCACUCCGGCCCAGGGCGAAGGCUUCCAGGAGGGGGAGGUCGAGCAGCUGCUGGGCCGCAUGCAGGACGACAACCAGGUCAUGGUGUCUGAGGGCGUGGUCUUCCUCAUCUGAUGGCAGACUCCUCUUCAUUCUGCCUCACAUCGCUAAUCAAACUCUGACCCCCCCCCCUCCCCACCACCACCAAAAAAUAUAUAAUUCUUUGCUUGGUUUUUGAUUAACAAAAAUAAAUUGUUUGAGCAGGGCGACUGGUGUGGUUUU